AUGCUUAAGCUCUUCUCCCUCAAGCGGCAGAAGGACGGCGAGACGACGGGCAACACGCCGACGAGCCAGAAGCGUGCCUCAGUGGCCCAACUACGCGUUACGAAGGACAUCAACGACUUGAGCCUACCCAAGACUUGCCGCAUGGAGUUCCCAGAUCCGGACGAUCUGCUGAAUUUCAAGUUGGUCAUCUGCCCCGACGAGGGCUUUCACCGAAACGGACGCUUCGUCUUCAGCUUUCGCGUAAGUCCAAACUACCCGCAUGAACCGCCCAAAGUCAAGUGCGACACAAUGGUUUACCACCCGAACAUCGACCUCGACGGGAACGUCUGCCUGAACAUCUUGCGCCAAGACUGGAAUCCUGUGCUCACGGUCAACUCUAUCGUGUACGGCCUGCAGUUUCUCUUCCUCGAGCCAAACCCCGAGGACCCGCUCAACAAGGACGCCGCGGAAGUUCUGCAGAAUGACCGGAAACUGUUUGAAAUAAACGUCAGGAUGGCCAUGCUUGGAGGCUACGUCGGCGCGACAUACUUUGAACGGUGCCUGAAGUAA